AUGGCGGCGAUAACGAGGACAGUGACGUUCGUUGUUGUAGUUGUUCUGCUCUUCAUCGAAAUCCAGCUCAUGAAUCACUACCGGCCAUCUCACAAUCAUACAGACGGUGAGAUUCAGCACUUUCUUGGCUGCGGGUCCGAGAAAGCUUAUUGUAGCCGUAAUGAUAGCGACGCGGCAGGUUUGGAGGGAUCAACGGAGUCUCAAAGGUUGCCGACAGAGGGCGGAACAUAUCCUUCUGUAGCCAAACCGAAUCCACUCCGCUCCUCGUCCACUGCUGCUGCGCGCGAGGAUAUUGAGACCAUGGUCCUACUCAAACCCAACGCCUCCACUUCUAUUAAAAAAGGCAAACCGGUCCUUUUCUGGCACGUGGGACCGCACAAGACGUCGAGCACCGCUGUGCAGACAUUCCUGUACAAGAUGGAAAAUGUUCUCAAGCAGCGCGACAACAUAGUCAUGCCUCUGCAUCUUCCCGGAAAAUGUAGCAAGCAUAAAGCCGCCGCCAACAUUGCCUAUUGCUUGGUCGACUACGAGGAAUGGCCGAAUUCGUGGGACGAAUGCCGAGCUUGUGAAUCGCCUCGCUCUGUGGUUUCCAAUGAUUGCGGACAAGUCUUGACAGCAUUUCACCAAUUCGUAGAGAGUGCCCGAGUCAAUUCGCAAAACAUAUUACUUUCGUCCGAGGGCUUUAGCAUCUGGACCACAGCGCAGAUUCAGCGGCUCGUUAGCAAAUGCUUUUCCGAUUGGGACGUUCGAGUUAUCGUUUAUUUUCGUCAAUGGGACGAAUGGCUUGAGAGUGUAUACUUUGAGUGGAAUCGUUUCAAGUCAUUGCAGAUACGCCAUUCAUUGGUGGACUACUUUGAGGACCCUGGCACACUAUCAUGCACUGCAUUCCAGUACAGUCAUGCAAAUUUGGUAGACACAACCUUAAGUGAGUCCCCGCGACCCUACUUCCUCGGAGUAACUGGUGUCGAAAACCUCUUGGAGUCUCCAGGGUUUGUCGACAAGUUUCUUCGUGACUACGGGUUUCUCCGGCUGGGUGAGGUAUUCGAUACCAAAAGGCCCAAGGACCUCAACCCUGAUUCCGGUUGGAACGGGAAUACUCACCGGUUACUGGUACGCAGCGUUGAGCGUGGCUGUAACACUGCCACCUUGCAGAAUAUCGUUGAGAAUGAAAUUGAAUCCCUUCGCUAUGUCCUACUUCCUACCGAAGAUACAGUCAACCGUCGAUCAACUGGUUUACUUAUGGGACACGUACAGCUCCUUCGGCAUUUCUUCCGUUGGAUUGAUACCCAAAGUAACACAAAAGGUGGACCACUUGACAAUCUUGAUUUGCUCUCUCUCACAAGAGGUGAAUUCAGUUUGUACCGACAAUCCUUUACCCCCUACAUUUCGAGUCCCCCAGAAUUUUUGUGGCCUCGCGCAACUGCACUGAUGACUGCUGUUUUUCGUGACAAUUCAAAACGAGAAAAUCCAUACACUGGUAGUAUAGCUGAAGUUUUGGAGGAUGACCAUUCCCCCAACAACUGUCACACCUUGGACAAAGAUGUGGAACAAGUUAUUGAACCUAAGCAUGAAGUGCAUCAGAACGAAAUUUCGUUGUAUCCAGAGCACCAUCUCCCUUCAGUUGCUUUGGUGAACCAUCAUCUACCAGUUGACUCUGAUGGAGUUGUUGUGAGCUGCAAAAUUGUGAACAGCAUCACUGUACAAGAAUGUUUAGGGAAAGCCCAUCAGGACACUGAGCUUACCAUUCAUUCAGUUUCUUCUACAACAAGUACUCCUGUUGUGCCUACGAAAAAUUUGGUCAAUCAAGUUCUUUGUCCCAGUGUUGCAAAGAGUACUUCAUGGAUUCCUGAAACAAACAAGAGUUCUCUCCUUGUCUCUGUCAUGAAGUGUGCUUUCACCACUGGUCUACUUUGUGUUGCAUUUAAUUCUGCAAGGGAAUCAGGAUGCUUUCAGAAGAGACAUACCACCAUGGUCUACAACAGCAUUCCUCCUGAUCCUGGAGAAACUCAGAUGGCAGCUAGAAGCCAAGCCACCAUUGAUUUUAACAAGUUGGUUGAUCCUCCCAGUAUUUUUCUCAUGAUGGGUUCUCAAUGGCAUGAUGCCAACCCACACAAUAAAAUCCGAAAUUGUGUGGAGGAGUUACCACCAGAACCAGAUCCCAAUUUCAGCACUCCCAUUCUCCAUGGUUGUUUUGAGAAUUGUUCAAUCUUGCAUCAAGGAAAAGUUCAUUUUAUUCCUCUCCAUGUUUUUGCAAAGUGUGAAACUUUAUCUUGCAAGGCAGACAAAAGGAAAAUCAUGGAAUUGUUUGUUUGCAACAAGAGUCUAUUUUUUGAUCACCAUCUGUUUGCUUCAAAAUCUACUGCAGUCAUGCAAAAGCUAUCUAGUUUUUGUGCAUUUGAAGCAGCUAACUUUGAAAUUGCUAUCAAGCCUGCUGCUCCAAAUUUCAUUGGCUUUCCAUACUUGGUCUCUGUUUUGCAUCUACCUAUGCAUUAUACCCAAGUAACAGCCAGUGACCUUGUUCUGCCUGAAGCUCAUCCUAGUACACAGGAUGGGGAGAGUGUCAAUUCUGGUGUACUCUUGAGCACAUCUAGAAUGCUGAGCAGAGUGUCCUGUGUUCAAGUUGAAACCAUCUUUCAUUCUAGUACACAGGAUGUGGAGAUUGUCAAUCCUAGUGUACUCUUGAGGGCAUCUAGAAGAUUGAACAGAGUUCCCUGUGUUUUAUUGAGUUUGAGCGGUUCCACAUCUAGAACCUUAGUCAACUGUCCUGUCCUAACUCAGGAUGGGGAGUGCCUAGAAAGCCUAGUACAAGGAACUUCACAAAGAAUCCUUGAUCUAGACAGAGGACAUACCACCUGGCCACCACCCUCCUACCAUGGGAAGCAACAUGAUAUUACUGCAUACAAGGGAAUCCUAAGUCAAGGUGAAGUUGACACAAGAAUGCUCAAGGAUUUUGUUGCAGAUGUUUUCAAGGAUUGGGAGCCAGGAGGCUUACAUGUCUUGACAUUGAAUGAAUCUAUUGAUGUUCUGUGUGAAGAUAGUCCUGCCCUCUGUUUGACAAGUCAAGUUAAAGCUGACAAACAAAUGUUCAAGGCUUUUGUUGCAGAGGUGUUUAAGGAUUGGGAGCUAGGAGGUGUUCAUGUAGUGACAUUGAAUGACUCAACAGAUGUUCCAUGCAAACAUUGUCCUGCCAUUGUUUUUGCUAGCAAAAAUCUGCAAACCUUUGCCAACCCCAUGAUGAUUUGUGACCUAGAUUCUUACUUCAAGGCACUUGAAGGUACAGUUCACCCUGCUUACCACUAUGCAUUCCUUGUAGACCUACUCUGGAUGCUCUGGGGAGCUAGUAUUGAGGAACUCUAUAUGUGUGGCCCCACUAUGCUCAAUGCCUACAUGAGCAAUAGUCAACAAGGCAAUGUCAGUGGAGUCCAGUCCCUGGAUGCUCCUAACUAUGGGGAGCAACAUUUGGUCAGCAAGUUCAAAGCUUUUUUGCUGAUGCCCUGGGAUCCUGGAGGACCCAAGCCACUUUACACAGCCAAGCUUGGACCCCAUAGGACAGUUUCAGCUUCCAGACUCAGUGAGGUUGUUGAAUGA